AUGGCGGAUCCUACGAUCAACAACAAGCUCGGCGACGAUCUCGUCGAAGAGAUUCUGAUUCGCCUCCCCAAUCACAGGAUCGCCUGCCGCUGCAAACUCGUCUGCCGGCUGUGGAACUCCGUCAUCGUCUCCGACAACUCCUUCAACCGCCGUUUCGUUUCCCACCGCCAGACCAUGACUCCCGACGACCUCAAAUCCAUGGUCCUCACCAUCAUCCCUCCCAUGCCUAACGGAGACGAAGAACGAGACGCCUUCAAAGUCUUGGACUGCCAAAACGACCUCGUUUUGUGCGGGUUCUACGACAAGUAUCCCAGCGACGAGGUGCACAUCAGGUCGUACUUGGUCUGCAAUCCGUUCACGAAGCAGUGGGACGCCCUUCCUCACGCGCCCAAGAAGCUCGUGUACCACGGACGUCCGGCUUCGAGGCUGGUCUGCGAACCUCCUUCCGGUGCCGGCGGCGCGGGGUGUCGGUUUCGGGUGGUGUGUUUGUAUUAUGAGUUGGCUCGAGCAUGCGUCAGAGCGGACGUGUUUUGUUCGGAGUCCGGAGAGUGGACCAAAGAUGCCCUAGUUCGCGAGGGUUGUUAUUGUUCCACUAUAAAAACUGUGGUCUCGUGCGACGGGGAGUUGUUCUGGAAGUACACCGUGUACGACGAUGACAGCAACGCCUCCGUUUCGUUUCAGUCCGUGGACGGGUUUAAUCCUUUCCGUCUCGACCUGCCGCCCGUUUCCGUCGACGUUUCCGCGUUUUCCAAGAAACCGCAGUGGACCACUGCGGUCUGCCAGGACGCGCUGCACUUGAUCGUGCGAGAAAGCACGCCUCCUCGUCCUCUGCGUUUGAGCGUCUGGAGGCUGGAAGAAGACCGUAAAUCCUGGAGGAAACAAUGUGAGGGGGUGGUGAACAAGACAUCGGAGUGUGGUGGCUAUGAAACCGAGGGGUUUCACGAACCUUUUCUGCAUCCACAGAAGCCUGAAAUCGUCUUCUUCAACCGGUUUGCCGGUUGUUAUUAUAAUAACGUUGUGCUGUGCUGUGAUUUGAGGAGGGAGAAGGUGGAGUUUUUCGCUAAACUAGAGGAGUUUCAUGAAGCCUACAACUUUUUGGUGUUUCAUCCAAGGGUUUGUAAACGGUCUACUCCAAUUGUAUUCGAGAGUUCGAGGUUUUGCGAUGCAUGCGCAAGAGCAGCGGUGAUCCAACAACAACAACUCCAUCCCUCGAAAGGACGAAACAAGGUUGAGGUUGAGGUUGAGGACUCAGAUGAGAACGAAAUUGAAGGACUUAUAUUUCCUUUAAGAUGUUGUCGGAUGUGUGCCUAA